UGUCACAAAUCCAUUCUUUGCUGAGAGAAUUGAUUAACAUUCAUUGGGAGCCUCUAGAGAAAGAGAAGCGAGGGGAAAGAGAGAGCACGCAAGGAGAAAGGGUGCUUAGCUGAUUUCUUCCCAUCCCAGCUACAUAGAAGUUGGGACACAAUCGGACACAGAAUGGCUAUUUGUAACUGGGGUCCUUGGUGACGUAUGGCUGAGCGUUUCCUGGCACAAAUCUUUAUGGACCAGUAAGCAGAGCGAAAUUGAAGCCGACAAGACUUUUUGCAUUUUGGAAAGGACUGUAAUCUACUGUAGUGAAGAACAGAGCCACUCAAUCACUGCUGCUGUAAAUGAGAGACAGAAGGGAGUAAGAAAGAAAGAAGAGAAAAAGAUUUUGCUGGGAGGAGGGGGGAGAAAGCAUUUUUGGUGGAUGGUAUGAAGCCAGCCAUGGAAACUGCAGUGGAGGAAAAUACAGAACAAAGCCAAGAGAAAAAAGUGAUCACCAGACCAGAAAUGGAAAUUGGCAGGUACCACUGGAUGUACAGGAGUUCAAGGCCACACCGGUACCAUCAUGUGCCAGCAUUGAGAGGCAAUAUUAGUCCUUUGGGGAUUCAAGGUUGCUUUGAAUGUUGCAUUAAGUGCCUGGGAGGAGUUCCAUAUGCUUCACUUGUGGCAACCAUUCUCUGCUUUUCUGGGGUAGCAUUAUUUUGUGGCUGUGGUCAUGUGGCUCUCACUGGAACCGUAUCUAUCCUUGAACAGCACUUCUCCACAAACACCAGUGAUCAUGCUCUGCUGAGUGAAGUAAUACAGCUAAUGCAGUAUGUAAUCUAUGGCAUUGCAUCAUUUUUUUUCUUAUAUGGAAUAAUCCUCUUGGCAGAAGGUUUUUAUACAACAAGUGCUGUGAAGGAGCUGCAUGGUGAGUUCAAAACAACAGCCUGUGGCCGAUGCAUCAGUGGAAUGUUUGUUUUCCUCACGUAUGUGCUUGGAGUGGCCUGGCUUGGGGUUUUUGGCUUCUCCGCUGUGCCCGUCUUUAUGUUCUAUAACAUAUGGUCAACUUGUGAAGUCAUCAAAUCACUCCAGACAAAUAUGACCGCUUCAGGGGACCAGAUCUGUGUGGAUGUCAGGCAAUAUGGUAUCAUCCCUUGGAAUGCUGUACCCGGAAGGGCUUGUGGUCCAAUUUUAGAGAACAUCUGCAACACAAAUGAGUUCUACAUGUCCUAUCACCUGUUCAUUGUGGCCUGUGCUGGAGCUGGUGCCACUGUCAUAGCACUGCUGAUCUACAUGAUGGCUACCACAUAUAACUAUGCCGUUUUGAAGUUUAAGAGUCGGGAAGAUUGCUGCACUAAAUUCUAAAUUGCAUAAGCCCAGUAAAAAGCUGCAUGCGUAGCCUGAAAUACCACUGACACCCUAGACUAAGAGUCUAGCUUUUCAAUUUUGUUACAGUAAUUUGUAAAUAGCUUCAGUAAGCAUCAUCUAGCAUUAUCAGAUUAAUAAAAUGACUUAUUGAAUAUGAACUGUGAUAUGGAUGAGAUCUGGCUAUUUUCUGAACAUUGAGGAUUCAGUUACUUCCGAGGAUGAUCUGCAACAUCUAAAGACAGGAGCUACUAAAUGAAAGAGAUCCUAACCGUUAUCUCUAAGACAAAUUUUUAAAUAUCAGUGAUUAGUUAUUUUUCUAUACACUAAUUUCAGUAGUAAGAAUAAAGCAUACAUUAUAGGUACAAAGAAAUAGGUUGAGUAGAAUAGUGCCAGUGCACAGCUGUUUGACUGAUAUGAAGUACCAUGUAUUGACAAAUGCAUUUUUUAAAAAGGCUCCACAUACAUUUUGCCAGUAUUUCCAGUGUAUGGAGGACAGUCACAAGGUACAGCUUAUUAGUGAGGCUUUAGGAAACUCUACAAGAAUUGAAACUUCAUUACUAAAUUUUCAAAUGGCUGCCAAAUCAUGCUUUCUCUGGAAAAAAAAUUACAAUUCUGUAGUGCUGCGUAAAACAAUCACUUUCCAUUUUGGAUCCCAAACUGACUAAGAAACAGUGUCUAGGUAAUUUCUGUUCUGGUACUGUUUAUGAAGUAGUAACUGAUUUCUCAGUAGCCAGAUCUCAAAAUAUGACUGUAUGGGAAGCGAAACUGUGCAUAGAUCUUCGCUGUUGAAAAGGCACAAAAGAAUCGAGGUGAUUUAUGAUAUAUAUUUUUGUUGCAUUAAAUUUGGUGAAAAGAAUAGAUUUUUACUGUGCAAGCCAUUUCUAUAUAUGUUGAAACUUUACCUGAAGAUAGAAAAUGGGAGAUAAAAAUGCCACCACUAAGAUUUGUUAAUUCAGAGACUGCAUGCUUUUGCUUAUUGUUUUUAGACUCAAAUUUCCUUAUUUAAUUCUCCCAUGGUAAAAUGUAGCUUUUUAUUAUUUACAGAGUAAACAGUGUUUACAAUUUUAGGCUUUUGGGGAGGAGGGGUGAAAUGGGAAGAGGGGGAAGUAGCCUCAGAAUCUCUGUACUACAUGUGCUUAAAGAAAAACACCACAAACUUAAAUUUCAGUUAUUGACUCUAGGUUUCAGAGUAUAUUUGCCAAAUGCAAAAAGCUGCUUUAUAUUUUUGCUUCCUUUUUUUCCUGCGUUGCAUUUUAACUGAUCAGUAAAACUCUUCAGCUCAUUUUUACUACUGCUACAUACUAACACAUUCUAGCUAGUUUUUAACAAGCCAACUAGAAGAUAAGCAUGCAAAAUUCUAGAAAUCAAUUGAAAUGAGCUUCUAUGCCUGCCGAUUAAUAGCAGAAUGCUUAUUAAUGUACAAUAACUUUUUUGUUUAAAGAACAUCCGUUAAUCUGACUAGCAGCUUGCUUUGCCUCUUGACAUGCUCACUAGCCAUCAUGCUCACCCUUCUCUUCCAGAUCCACUUCCUCAUGAUACUAUCUUCUAACUGGGCCUACUUAAAGGAUGCAAGCAAAAUGCAAGCUUACCAAGAUAUCAAAGCAAAAGAAGAACAGGAGCUUCAAGAUAUCCAAUCUCGGUCAAAAGAGCAAAUCAAUUCUUACACAUAAAAGUUUGCCAGAAUAAUUCAACAGAAGAAUUUUGUAGCUCUGACAAAUCAUCAAACAGCUGCCCUGCAGUACAGAUGUAUGUCUACCAAUCUAAUGUAGAAGUGUAAAAACUUCACAUUCAAGCUCCUGCGACAUGUUCAAAGGGAAACCUUCCAGUGGGUAACCUUCCUUUCUUUAGUACAGAUUUAAGAAUUUUCAGUCCAGCCAUUUUAAAAGGCAACACUUUGAAGCAAGUGACCACUCAAAUCACCCUUUUGCGAUUCUUGGUAUUAAAUCUUGUGACCUAAAGCUCCUCCACAAAAUUGUAGUAGGUGACCCAAAACAGCAAGUAGCAGGAGAUUUUUAGCCAUAAAUAAUUACACAGGUGUGAGGUGUAAUAAGUUAUCCCAGUUCUAUACCAAAUGAGACCAUGGCUAGCUCAAAAGAUUUCUCGUAGCUCAUGUUUACUAAUACAAUCUCAGCAUGUCACAAGCAGCUGAUACAUAAAAGGGUAGUGUCUAAACCCACUUUUUUAUGGGCCAAAGGACAAAAGUCCAUUUUUUGAGCCACCUAUUUUUCCAGUAAUGCUAGAGAGAGCCACUGUCAUUCUACUGCACUUUCUAUCUCUGUAUACUGAUUAAUUGCUCAGCUGCUCCAAGUUUUAUUUUUUUUAUUAACUAGUUGAUGGAAUGUAGACUUUUGUCAGGAUAAUGAUCCCCUUCUUUGAAAAUAAAUGUCAGCUUUGCCUUAGCAUUUAUAGAAAAUAAAUAUUAAGGCAUUUAUAUAGUAGCAGGAGACCAUUAUCCGUUUUAUUAAGCAAAAAGUGUUACCUUAUUAAAAUGAAACUGAAAUUGAUUUGAUUAUUCCAAAUGAGCAUAUUGGGGAAUUUGCAGAGUUUUACAUAAGCUAUAAAAAUUACAGCCAUAAAGCAGACCACUGGUCAGCCACCUUUCUCUGGUGCUUAAGUUUCUAGCCAGUGCUCAUUCAUUUUCUCUUUAUAAAAUACAAAAAGCAAGUGUGGUGUUCAGCAAAAAAUCUGGUGCCGUGUUAAAGUCAUUUCCCACAGUGGUCUGCCUUCAUUUUGUUUUUUCUGAAACAUUCAGUGAUAUCUUGAGUAUUAGUGAUGGUAUAUUUGAUGUUUGUUAUUUACAAAAUAUAUAUAUAAAUAUGGGGGGGAGGGAAUCAAGUAUCAGUAAUUUGAAAAAAAUUCUAGUAAAGUCAAGUCACAUUCCCAUGUUAAGUUAACGUGUGGUUUGAUUAGUUUUGACUGUUGGCUGAAUAUUAAAAUAAAAAGGAAGCACAAGUUUCUUAGCUAAGUCAAUAGUAAGAAGUGGACGGACAUUUUUCAAGUAUUCUGUUAUGGCUGAAUUUUUUGGUUAAAUGCCUAAAAGCCUAAUUUGACAGUUUUAAAAAUGGGGCACAGUGUACGUAGAGCAGAUGAGACAGUGUAGCCUAGUGUUUGUUUUUACCUGUUGCAUGAAGGAGAAACAUUUCUACGGCCAUGCAGGUGAUGUUCUAGCCCAGUGUUUGCAUAAGGGUAAUGGAGGCAAUGUCUUAAAGCCUAAUUUCUUUUCUAGUUUGAUGUAGCUAUUACUGGGAGUUUUCUGAAGUUUUGUUUAAGUAGUCUAAUAUUUUUAUGUAAAGAGCAUUAAAUUUUGCUAUGUAUAAAUUUUUGUAACCUAACAGUGAAUCAAUAUUUUCUAUCAGUGCCAAGGGCUUCCUGUAGCUAUACCCAAGUGUUACAAUAAAUAUUUGUAGAUAAUAAA